GUAGAUAGAAAAACCCGAUUUCAGAAUAUUGUGUAAAUAAUUAUUAAUAUUCGUAAAGGAAGGUCUCGGAAAUUUCCUUUUUAAAGUUCCUGUGACGAUGACGAGACAGUUAAACAUCCUGCUGUAGUGCAAAUAAAAAAGAUCGUUUACUGUUAAUAUCUUUAUUGUUUACUUAAUAGGUUAAAAGAGGAUAUAAAAUAUAACGCAUUCAAUGAUGAAUUAUAUGUUUAUAAUUCUCUCACUAAUUAGUUUUUAUAUAUGGACAGAUAGAUUCACAGUUGCAUUAUCUGAUUCCGCAAUAACAUUUGAAUCCGAUAAGUCUACAGAUGAAUCAUGCAGAACUGAUUCCGGAAUACAAGGUAAAUGUGUAAAUAUUCAAAAAUGCACCGGUUUAAAAUUGAAAGUAGAAUCACUUACCAUAUGUAGUUGGGAGGGACAUUUACCUGUCAUUUGUUGCACACAUCAUUCUGAGAGAAAGCCAGUUAAACUUCUUGCCAAUCCAGUGUGCGGUAGACGACCUACUGAUCCUAAAUUAAUGUAUGUGAAAAGGUCUAUAACACGUCCACCUUACGUUAAAGUCGUUGUAGGUGGUAAAGAUGCAGAACCGUUUUCUUGGCCUUGGAUGGUGUCUAUUCAUCAGAAAACACCUUUAGGUGAAGGCUAUGUAUGUGGUGGUUGCAUUAUCAGCGAUCGGUACAUCUUAACUGCUGCCCACUGUUUCGGAGAAAAUACUAAACCCGCAUCAGAAUAUUUAGUCAAAAGGCAAGGAAUUAAAAAAGAAUUAGGAAUAAAUGAGGAGGUGGAAAAUGUAAAGCUACAUCCAGAUUUUAAAAACGGACAACAUUAUAAUGACAUUGCCAUAAUAACAUUGAAAAAUCCGCUUUUAUUUAAUGAUAAAUUCAUGCCUGCUUGCUUACCAACCGAACAAAUUGAUUAUUUAGAUAGAAAAGUAACUGUACUUGGUUGGGGAGAUACGUCUUUUGCCGGACGUUCGAGUGAUAUUCUUCAAGAAGCAACUCUCGAUGUCAUUCCUACUUCAGAAUGUAACGCUUCCUAUAGUAAAUUACGAUCAUCGGCGAUACCUAAAGGUGUAACACAGGACUUUUUAUGCGCAGGAAUUUUUGAAGGAGGAAAAGACGCGUGUCAAGGUGAUUCUGGUGGUCCUUUAAUGACAAGAGAAUUUCCAUCACUUAAUUGGGCUGUGGUCGGUGUAGUAUCUUUCGGGUAUCAAUGUGCCAGAGCUGGAUAUCCUGGAAUUUAUACAAAAAUAUCCAAUUAUAUACAAUGGAUUAAUGAUAACACUAAUUUAAUUAUUUAUUCGAUGAAGCAUUACUUUAUUUUGAAUCUUAUUUUUAUAUUCAUCAAUCAAGUAUGGAUGGAAAAUCCAGAAGAUUUGACAUUUAAUCCUGGAAUUAUAUUUAACAUACAAAAUUUUGAGGAGGGAGAAUCAUGCCAAGUUAAUUAUACACAUAGAGGAAUCUGUACCGAAAUUAUGCACUGCAAAACUAUAACAAAUUUUCGUAAAAGUAAACCAAAAAUCUGUUCGUGGAAUAACAAAGUGCCGAUUAUUUGUUGUCCUUCUACAUCCAUUGGUGAUUUUGGUAACUUUGCAAUUAAACCAGCUUGUGGGAAAAAAUUAAUAACUUCAACGAAACCAAACGGAACAACAUUUAGAAUACCGGGCCAGAAAUUCGAUGUCUCGUUAGUCGCUGGUGGAAGGAAUGCAAAAUUAUUUUCUUGGCCUUGGAUGGUAUCUAUCCAUUAUAGAACCUUUAUUGGAGAAAGUUAUCUUUGUGGCGGAUGCAUCAUCAGUGAUCAGUACAUUUUAACAGCAUCACACUGUUUUGGAGAAAGUGGUCUCAAGCCCGCAACGGAAUAUAUAGUGAAAACUAAAGGACUUUUUAAAAAUGAAGGAUCUGAUCAUUAUUUAGACAAAGUAAUAUUGCAUCCGGGUUAUAAAGUUGGUCAAUACUACGACGACAUUGCGUUACUUAAAUUAAAAGAACCAAUAAUUUUUCAAGAAACAGUUUUGCCAGCCUGUUUACCAUUUGAAAAUAAGGAUUAUCUAAACGAAAAAGCUACUGUUCUCGGCUGGGGAGAUACUUCUUAUGCUGGUCGACCAAGUGAAAUUCUUCAGGAAGUCACAAUUAAUGUUGUGUCAAACAAAAAUUGCAAUGCUUCUUAUAGUAAAUUAAGGCAAUCUUCAUUAAGGAGAGGCAUCACAGAGAAUUUUAUUUGUGCAGGAGUCAACCAAGGAGGAAAAGAUGCUUGUCAAGGAGAUUCUGGUGGACCUUUAUUAGUUGAAAAUGAAUCUAACAUUUGGAUGGUAGUUGGCGUUGUUUCUUUUGGUUAUCAAUGUGCUAAAGUUGGAUUUCCAGGUGUAUACACAAGAGUAUCUAAAUAUAUUCCUUGGAUCACAUACAAUACUAAUCUUGAAAUAAUCUCAUAACAGCAGGGAACUCAU